AAAGAACUAAUUUUUGUAUUUAAAAGAAGAAGAAAAAAAAAAUUCAAAAAACAAAAGUAUGAAAACUAUUUCAAGUUUUCAACACCUCGAAAGCAUUUGAACGUUAGAGUACAACCCCUUAAAGCAGCGUGGCCUUAACGUAUUUCAGUUGCCGCUUAACGAUUCAGGGUAAGAACCUAAAGAAGCCUCCAGAAACACGCAGAAAAGCACGCAGUGAGAGUGAAACGGGAUGGAGAGAUACCAGAGGGUGGUGAAGCCCAAACCGGAGCAACCCGUUAACGAAAAUGAAAUCCGAGUCACAGCUCAGGGUCUCAUUCGCAAUUACGUCACUUACGCUACUUCCUUGUUCCAGGACAAGAACGAGAAGGAGAUUGUGCUGAAGGCGAUGGGGCAGGCUAUUAGUAAGGCUGUGGCUGUAGGAGAGAUUAUCAAGAAGAGAAUCCCUGGAUUACAUCAAAAUAUAUCAACUAGCUCUACAACUAUAACUGAUGCCUAUGAGCCCAUUGAAGAGGGCUUAAAUCUGUUGGAGAUGAAGCGGCAGGUCUCCUUGAUUAGUAUUGCUUUAUCAACUCUUGAGCUGAACAAGACUUCUCCAGGGUACCAAGCUCCAACUGUGAUGCGGGAAGAAGGUGAAAAACAGCAAGAGCAGGAGAAUAAACAAUCUAUCAUUUCAUCUACAGAUAUUGAUGAAGAUAAUGUUGGAGGCCGCUUGCAAGGUAGAGGUGGAGGUCGUAAUAGAGGUAGAGGCAGAGGGAGAGGCCGUGGUCGAGGGAUGGGUUGGUAUGGUGAUUAUCAAGAAAAUAGCGGAUAUUAUUAUUGGGGUGCUCGAGGGGAACGAGGUGGAGGCGGAGGCGGAGGCGGAAGUUGGGGAUACCGUGGGGCUGGAUACGAACGAGGUAGAGGAAGAGGCCGAGGUUACAGCUAUGAUGGAGGAAGAGGCUGGGGGUAUGGCUAUGGCAGUGAAAGAGGCCGGGGGUACGGCUACGGUGGAGGAAGAGGCCGUGGCUACGGCUACGGCUAUAGCAGCGGAAGAGGCCGGGGCUACGGAGGAAGGGGCAGAGGUGAUCAAGAAUAGUUAGACCAAGGAUUAGCCUCUGCAGUUUACUUGGAUGGUAACACAUAGCUUAGUAUAAAGAGAUACUAUCUGCAACAAAUUUUGUCUUGUAUAUUAUCAUGUGAACAUUGUAGUUUUUGUUCAUUUUGAUGUUUCUUGUCUUUGAUUCGUAUAA